CACACACUAGCACGGCUUAUCAAAAGUUGGAAGAGGAGGUGAUGGCUGCCUAAUCAUGAUUGAAAAGUCCCAAUGUCCAAUCAAAAAUUGCGUAGCCAAUAUCACUGAUCUUCAACAACACGAUGACCCUUCAUCGCGAUUUCAUUAAAGAGGGUCCCGUCUGAUAGAUCGAGUUCACAUUGGAUAACUUGCCCAUUGGUCUCUAUUGGUCAACCUGAAGAACUCCUCACCCUCCAAGAACGGAUUUCAGUUUCUCGAAUCUUGUAUUACGCCAUGGCAGACAGCGCGCCCAGAGAGGCCGAGCCGGAGCGACGCGAGGCUCUCGACAUCCUCGACGCCAAAGCCUCACAGUUGGUAGAGCUCAUCAAGAAAAGCAAGCACUUCAUUGCCUUCACCGGCGCAGGAAUCUCCACCUCUGCAGGAAUCCCCGACUUCCGCGGACCAGAAGGUGCCUGGACACUUAGAGCUCAGGGAAGGCAGAGAACGGGCAAGACGACGAGCACGCUCCAGGCCAUCCCAACCAAGACGCACAUGGCGCUCGUCGAGCUGCAGGACCGCGGCAUCUUGAAAUAUCUCGUCAAUCAAAACUGCGACGGCUUGCACCGGAAGAGUGGGAUUCUUCCAGAGAAGAUUUCCGAGCUUCAUGGGAACAGUAACCGCGAAUAUUGCAAAGACUGCGGUAAAGAAUUCCUCCGAGACUUCCGCGCCGUAGCAACCUACGAAAAAUCGAUCCGCGACCACCGUACAGGCCGCAAAUGCCCCCUCUGUAACGGCACCCUCCUCGACACAAUCAUAAACUUUGGCGAAUACCUCCCCGCCGAACCCCUCGCCCUCGCCCGCUCCAACGCAAGAAAAGCAGACCUCUGUCUCGCUCUCGGCUCCUCUCUAACCGUGCCCCCCGCCUGCACGAUCCCCGAGACCGUCGGGAAGAAAAAGCGCACAAAGACGUACCCGAACGGCGGGACGCUCGUGAUUUGUAACUUGCAGAGUACGCCCCUGGAUCACCUGAGCGAGGCGCUGCGCGUGUGGGCGACGACGGAUGAUUUGAUGGUCCGGGUUAUGGAGAAACUGGAGAUCCCGAUCCCGCGCUUCGUGCUGAGGCGGAGGCUGGUGGUGGAGAUGAUGAUGACGGGAGAGGAGAGGUAUCAGCUUACGGCGAGGGGGGUUGACGUCGACGGCACGCCCGCGAGCUUUUUGCAGUCUGUGAAGAUGCAAGGGAACAGGCGCGUUGGGCGGACCGAGCCGUUUACCAUUUCGUUCCGGGGGGAGGCGGUUGCUGAGGCCGAGAUCAAGGUAGAGCUGGAGUUUAUGGGACACUAUGGUGAGCCUGUCUUGGAGAUUGUGAUGGAGUAUAAUGGAGAGGAGAAGCUGGAGAGGAUGUAUCUGCUGGAAUAUGACCCUUCGAUUGGGGCUUGGAAGGUUAGUAGACAAGAUGAUGGGACUUUUGCUGGGCGGGGUGGCACGGCUGACACAGACGAGGACAUGGAGGAUUCACUGAUGAUUUCGGCUGAGGAUGCGGGUGUGCCCAGCCAUAUCAUCGCCUCGUCUGCGGCCAGUGAGGUCAUCGACCUGACUUCACCAUAAGGUAGUGUGCCUGCUUGUGGAGGACCCUCUAGUUACUGCUUCAUCCAGCAUGAGAAGUAGCUCUCAGUAGCCAGGACUGCGAAGGAAAUUAGUCAUGCCAUGUCUCUCAAGAUGAACCAAACCCUUGAAGAUACAUGUAACGAGCAAUGGUCCAUGGAUCACAACUUUGCAAGUGGCACCCGAGAAGAACAGAUAUAUCAUCAACAUGGCUGCAUGA